GAAACGCGCGCAUGGGCGCGCGUGCUCGCGCUCGUUUAUAUCCCUCUCGAUAAUCAACAUCGCGCUCCCUCCGCACGCGUGUUUCUCCUUGUGCACUCGGUUCCUCGUCCCUUCAACGAGCACACACAUACACACCACGUCACCUCGAGGGCCUGGCACAGCGCCGGCAGCCGGAGUGAGCGAAGUCACUCGGCCGGAUCCGUCGUCGCGGCUCCCGCCGCGUCGUCGUCGGGCGUGAGCUCGUCAUCUGACCCGGGCCGCGUUCACCCCGCGGAGAGUCCUUGAGACCCUCGCAGGUCUCGUUCACGUCUGCCGAUCCGUCGCGAGGACGAUUUUUCCUGGACGAACAUUUCAUUGGACGCCAUCUUCGUCCCUCCUUAUUUUCGACGUUAAACGUCUUGGCAUCAACGCGUCAAAUGUCACAUUUUCCAUAUCGACUGCCAGACGAGAAAUGACUCUUCGUCGACGAAAGCCCGCGUCUUCCGACGACCGAAAAGCGCUGUAUUUUCGAUUGUCCGCAGCUGAAGAAUUAUUGAUGUCCCGACGCUGCCCGCGGAGAAAAAUAUUGACUCCGGGUUGAUCAACACAGAGGCGUAGAUAAGAGUUUCUCGGCGGAGCUCGAGAGCACUUCGCAGGGACGCGACACCGGCGGUGCACAUGAAUGUGCAGCUGAUUGCACCGCAAUAUGUGACAUAUGGCGAUACGGCCACCCUAGUCUGCAACCAUACUGUCUCGGAAGAGCUGCUGCACAAAAUAGAGUUUAUGAAAGGCGAAAAGAGGAUAUUCAAUUAUAUAAAAGAAAGGAAUCCACCAUACAUUGCCGGGAAUCGCAUCGAGGGCGCCAGACUGGAGUAUUCGAAGAAUGGCACGACAAUCAAAUUGCACGAUGUACGUUUCGAGGCUUCCGGCACUUACACCUGCGAAGUGACCAUGACAACGCCCAUUUAUACCGCGGAUGCCGACCCCGUGCAGAUGAAAGUGAUAGUUCCACAGACUGGCAAUCCUAAGAUUACGUUCAAGAAGAGCGUAUACGUGGUCGGCGAGAGUCUGGAGGCGAACUGCACCUCUUCGCCCGCACGUCCAGUUCCUUACAUAACAUGGUUUAUAAACGGGAAAGAGGUGGAUAUCACUCUGGUCAAUCACUACCCGCACACGCAUCAUAAGGACCACCUGAUGUCCGCCACCGCGAGGCUGAAGGUGGAGGUUUCCGAGUUGCACGCCGGGCAAAAUGGUUACCUGGAGAUCAGCUGCCGGGCGACGAUACCCGACUUUCCCAUGUAUCACGAGCAAUUUGCCGAUAUCAGGAAAAAGACGGUGUCGGUGCAAAUCAUACCAGCGCCGGAUGUGACGUCUUCCGCGGCGAUUCUCAUACGAGAACUAACGCUACCUACGAUAUUGUGCAUACUGAGCGCGAUGCACGAGUUUAUUCCUUAAUAAAAGUCAAUUGUUCUAGGAUAAUUCGGCUGUAACAUACGUAAUCGUAAGGUAUUAAGGCGAAACGAUGAACGUAAGAUCGAACAAUCACAAUGUCUUCCUUCGAAAUAUCGAAAUACACGGGGGCAGCGGUUUUAUUGUCUUUGCAGAAGUUUUGUAACUCAUAGACGCGGCUUCUUCGUGCGCAACUAUUUUCGAUUAUUGCUUAUAACGAGCGUCGUCUGUCUCGCGAAACAUAUCAAUUCCCAUGAGAUGUAACGAACCCGAAUGUUCGGUAAGGUGUGUCGGAAAGUUAUGUCCUCUUCUUCUUCUUCUUCUUCUUCUUCCUCCUCCUCCGGAUAGAUCCAUCUAUUUCGCAGAGCGUUGCAAUCUCGACGUUUCCAGCUGUAAGAUUGAAAAGCACGGAACGGAAAGAGAAUUGCGCAAAGUCCCUUCGCUCCGCGGCUCCGGAAAAUUUCAACGGAUAAUGCACCGAUAUAUCGCUGAAUUAGUUCUGAAUGUACUUCAAGAACGGAAAAAUCAUCUUUCCCUUAUAGACUCUCGUAUACCGUGCACAAAAUUUCGUCUAGUUUCUAAGAUUAAAUGUGACUUUAUUAAAUAUAAAGUGAUCUCCACGUAUAGUAUAAAGUUACGACAUAGUUUUCCGAUACGCGUACUAUAACAUUUCAUCUAGUCUCGCCUCGCCGUUUGGAAGCAUCGUAUUUUUCAAGCCCGCGAAAUAUACUUUCUUGUUAUUGUGAGCGCAUUUUUAGAACAACCGUGCAAAAUGGCAAUGGGGAGGCGUAAAAAAAAGCUUCUAGAUGGAUUGUACCAGUUGUAUAAAUUCUUCUUUUUUUCCUUUCUUUUUUUUACACGCUUCUUCUCUCGUUGCUUUAUUUAUGGCACUGCAACGAAUUUCGAGCAAAUUUCGCUGCAAUUUGCGACAUUCACGAAACGAUUUCGCACGUUUUACGUCCCGUUUCAGAAUGUUCCGUAUCGAUAAUGUCAACUUUCCGACAAUAAUUUAGCAAGACGACGUCUUUUUCGCGUCUAUUAGAGCAUAGAUACUAGAGCAAAUUUUCACUGUCAUUUUGUCAUUAACUAGAGGAGAACCUGGGGGCGCUCCAUUGAAAAACAUAUACACGAGGGAUUCAAAGCAAGAACGGCGUAAAUCAAGUGUGACGAUAUCUGAGAUAUUUACACUUUUGCGUACUUUCACAUUGGAAAAUAUUCUCGAGCUAUUUUCCACUUUAAUAAGUUAUAUAUCAUUUCAAUCUCAAUUAUUUUUUUAACAAUAUAACGAGAGAAGAGAGAGAGAGAGAGAGAUAGUGAGAGAGGAGAGGGGAGCGGUACACAAGACUGUAAAAAUAUUUUAUAGUCUCGGGCUAUUUUUGCUUUCAAUUCUUGAUAUAUACAUAUAUACAUGUCUCAUGUAUAAUAAAGUGAAGAACGUCGACGGAACGGGACGUGCGACGUACUUUUGUAUGACGAAAUUUCCUAUGAGAUUCGAUGUACCUCGCCAAAUGAGAGAGGCAAGCUUGAAAAAAUACUGCGUCGACGGCUAGGCAUCUAGAGAGAGAGCUGCGAGAAACUAGAGAUAAAGAAACUAGAGACACUCGAGUUAGAGUCUGGUCAAUGAGACAACGGUAAGUAAACAAUCCGGCUUUAUCACGUAAGCGAACGAUAAAGCGUCAUGAUUUCUUCCGUUUAAUUUAGUCGAUAAAGCUUAAUUAAACUUUACGGCGAAAAGCGGCGAGCUGGCCAAACCCUGACUCGACUAUCUGUAGAAGUAGCGAUUACGGCCGUCGUGCUUCGCGGCCAACUUUUCCGAAGCACUUGUCGGGCGCGUUACUCGUCGAUACGACGCGACACGCGAAAGAGACGCUCCGAUAUAACCAUCUCUCUCGUAUCUCACACCGAUCGGUUCGUCGCGACUGGACACGCGGGAUCAUCUUUUGCCCGUGCUUACGGCUUUUUGUAACGUGCGAGUCCUCUCUCCGCUUGUAUGGACCAACAGCUUCCACACGAUCACAUGGUCUGUAAGAGUAUAAGGAAAUGCGACAGCGUUCAAGCUGCUGGUACUUGAAAGUGUGCCAAAGAUCGCAAAGGAUCACAUCAGUACGCCGGAGCGAACGAAAAAGACGUGUUAUCGAAAGCCUUAGUCCUAAUCGUGUCCUAAUCUAAUCUUGAUUAUUGGUAGAGUGCGGAAGUGUUCGCGAGAACGGCCAGCUCUCCUUGGCUUUGGGUGGUCUAAACGUACUCAAAGUAGAGAGACUAUAUGCAAUAUUCUCUACCUAAAAGAAUCGUUAGCUUCAAAUUGAUCCUCGUCGAUAUAAGUUUACGAUUACAUUACGAAUAGAUACUCGCGUGCGAAAUUAAAUAUUUUUUGCUUAUGACGAAUAAUACGAGGAGGAGAGGGAAGUUUAUAAAGGUACGUCAAUAGAUUGAUGAAUUAGCUCUCUAUAGCCGGGACCGAAGAGACAUUAGGGAGUAACUCAGACUGUAUAUGCAUAUAGUGCGCUUUAUAGAUACUAAAGAGUACAUCUAUUUAUGAUUAAUAACUUUUAUACGUAUUUCAUAUCGCAACUGUUUGCUAAAAUCGGAACGACUAGUCCAAUUUGAUGCCUGCAGAUUCUCGUAUGCUUUCAAACUUGCAAUAAACGUAACGUAUACACCGCGUAUGUACCGCGUUUCUUAACUUUUUAUUAUAUUUCUAGCGUAAGAGCAAGCAACGGUAUUGUCUAAGCAAAGUUUGAAAGCUUGGUAACAAUAUUUUUAUUCGGAAGUGCCUUUUCAUAUCUGCAAAUUAGAAAGGUGUAGACCUCGGGCGGAUAUCAGUCUGCCGGCGGGCGACGUUUUUCGCGUGGAAAGUAAAGCCGUAACAUUGAGACGGUCAAGAAAAAGAAGUCGUCGCCUUAUCAACGAGAUUACACUCUCUAAUAAAAUUGCUUUCGUUCGUCUUCAGCGUUCGCUCCAGCGCAUCGACGGCUCGAAGUCUAUUACUGCGCACAUUUGCAGCUUUGCUCUUUCUAAUCACGCUUUCCUUUAGGCUAUGUCAUUGACCGUUUUGAGAUUCUGGUGCCUACACUCUCUCUCUUUGCGGGAAAAUUCGCGUUUUCAUCAUUCUGCACAUUCAACGAUAUUACAAAACGCCAUUAAAAUUUCCAGUGUUUCUGCACAGAGAAAAGAUUGCAAUCCAUUUGUUUACUUAUAAUAAGAUAUUUAUUAUUACCGCUAUGUUAUUAUCGUAUUACGCUUGCUUGCAUACAACACAGAAAAAAUGUGGACAAAUGUAUAUAUACAUAUAUAACAAGAGCAAAGCUGGUGCAGCUGCAGAUUCGCGCGAAAACAAAAGUUGACGGCACGUAGCACGGAAAAUAGAGGAUUCUGCGCUUUUACGAUGCUCCUGGUGCUCGUACUGACGUAUAUCUGUCCGAUUUCCCUGAUGGCCGGCGAAAUGAGCGCGAAACCGCAGAAACUCGCGACGACCGACGAGGUGGAGGUGCGCGUCGUCGGCGGAGAAAUCACCGACAUCAAGAAGUACCCGUUCAUCGUACGUGCGACGCGCCCAUCGCAGCCCCUUAACCUUUAACCUUUGGGGAAGAUAUCGGCACCUUCCCACGCAAUGCGACCCACACCUAGCGGAAGUGCGUAAACACGCAGUAGACUCCGGGAGUUCUGACGUCGAAAGCGAGGGAAUUGCGACGAGAGUUGAGGAUGUUUCGUGUGAAUACAUCACGAAUGCGACAAGACAAAACUUCGAGGAGAUACCUAGACGAAUGAAUCGGCCUUUGACCGCUGAUGACCUUUCCUCCAGCGCUCUUCCCUCGUAAUGAGAGCCUGCUUCGUACCGCACGUUUCGUUUUCCAGUCGGCGGUUUACCAAAAUAAACACAACAACAUGAGAGCAUUUGUGAAUUACGUAUCCCGCGGCUGCUAAUGAUGUUUCCAGUGAAAUACCGUUCACUUGUAAAACCAGCUAGCGUGCUAGCUCUCGACGUGUCGUUUCUAUCUUAAAACCUCCUACCUUGAGCUCUUGUACGCUCACGUCGCAUGUUCGCUCGUGCAUUUUCCGCGCUGCUUCUCGGUUCCCGCGGUGCAAUUACCUGUUUACACACGUUCGAUAGGUACCGAUAAUGUACACGAUACACCUUUACACGCUCGUCAAACCAAUUAACGUAACUGCUCGCAUGGCGUUUCCGAAGCGUCGGGGAAUUUCCAUUUCGAGAUGAGCGAGUUCCACUGCGGGGGAUGUUGACGUCGCGAGCCGCAUUGUGCAGCUCUUACUUUUCAAUGCAAAAUAAGCGGAAGCUUAAAUGAAUUUACUCCCGAGCCGAAUUUUCUCGACGAAUACCACAUUCAUCGCCGGUAUCGAGAAUAAAAUUAUUUAAAAGGGAUAGACAAAAUAAAAUUUAAAUUCGUAUUUAAACUCGUGAAAUUGGAAUUUAAACAGCCUCGGCAACGCCAUGUGUCAAAGCUGUCACUCUCAUCCGCUCGAGAGCGCGAGGGCACGAAGGUUAAGGGGCGAACCGACUCGACUCGGACUCGGUGAAAAUCCGAAUUUUUCAAAGUCAAUUCCUCUUAGGUCUCGGUGCAGCGCCGAUUCCUUAGCCAUAUAUGCGGAGGCACCUACGUCGCGCCCAGGUUCGUCCUGUCGGCCGCCCAUUGCAUGGUCAGGUGCGUGUCACAAGACUGCGUUUUCGCAUUAGCGCUGCGUGUCGCGCGCAGGAGAAAAGGUGGUGUAGUUCUCUUUCUCUCUAGCCGGGGCAUACACUUUAGCACUCGCUGUGAAAUACUCGUACACACUUAUACGCGUAGCCACCCCCGACGUAGCCUUUUAACCCUCGGAUGCGUAAGACCCUCUCUCGCAUGAUGUUUCAUCAGCACCGCGGGGGGUCCCGCGGAUUGAUCCUAGGAUUAAAACACGAAGAUCCUCGAGGGCCAACGACGGGAGUAAAACCCGGGGGGGGGGGUGAA